AUGGACGACUUCAACAGCGACACGGACAGCGACUACACAAGCUACUGGCGAGACUGGUUCAUAUCCUCUCGAGGAAACGAAUACUUCUGCGAGAUUGACGAAGAAUACCUCACCGAUCGCUUCAACCUAACGGGCCUGAACACCGAAGUUCAGUACUACCAAUAUGCACUCGAUCUCGUCACAGACGUGUUCGACUUCGACUGCGACGAUGACAUGCGGGAACAGAUCGAGAAGUCGGCACGGCAUCUCUACGGACUCGUCCACGCACGAUACAUCGUCACUACCAGGGGCCUUGCCAAGAUGCUCGAGAAGUUCAAGAAGUCAGACUUUGGCAAAUGCCCCCGAGUAAUGUGCGAAUCGCAACCCCUCCUCCCCAUGGGUCAAUCCGACGUCCCCAACGCCUCCCCCGUAAAACUCUACUGCGCCCGCUGCGAAGACCUCUACAACCCCAAAUCCUCCCGCCAUGCCGUAAUCGACGGUGCCUACUUCGGCACUUCCUUCCACAACAUCCUCUUCCAAGUCUACCCUGCGAUGCUGCCACCGAAAUCGCAACGGCGGUACGAGCCCCGUGUUUUCGGCUUCAAAGUACACUCUGCAGCAGCGCUGGCGCGGUGGCAGGCAGACAAAAAGGACGAGAUGAAAGAUAGGCUCAAGACGCUGAAGAUGGAGACUGGGUUUGAGGAGGAAGAUGAGGAUCUGGAAGAUGAUGAGGACGACGAUGAUAUGGAGACUCAGGAAGGCGUUGAGGGCGCGGUUGUGCAGCUGUGA